AUGAAGGUCCUUGUGCCAGCUACCCUCAUCCUACUCCUCUCUGUCUACACCCCAGGCACAGGGGCACGUAAAUACACCUCUGUCCUCACUGUGCCCAAUGGAGGCCACUGGGGCAAGUGGGGGAGUCGGCAAUUUUGCCGCCAUGGCUAUGCCAAUGGAUUUGCGCUGAAGGUGGAGCCCUCCCAGUUUGGAAGAGAUGACACAGCUCUGAACGGCAUACGCCUGCGUUGUCAAGAUGACUCUGUCAUCGAGUCCUUCGUGGGGGAGUGGGGUACCUGGACCAGCUUUCAGGUUUGCCCUAGAGGCUACCUGGUCUCCUUCUCACUGAGAACAGAGAAGUACCAAGGAGGAGGAGGUGAUGACACAGCAGCCAACAACAUCCAGUUCAGAUGCUCAGAUGCAACUGUGCUAGUAGGUGAUGGACUAUCGUGGGGUAGAUUCGGCCCAUGGAGCAAAAGCUGCAACAUAUGUGGUCUCCAGACCAAGGUAGAGCCCCCACAGGGGCUUCAGGAUGACACAGCGCUCAACAAUGUGAAGUUCCUCUGCUGUAGAUGAGCACUUGCUCUGUCUUCAUCACUGCCUGCACAUCACAUAUC